CUGGUCGGCGAGGAAGCAGAAGUGACAUUAAACUGCUAACGUCACACCACUAUUUUUUUGUUUUUUUUAACCAACUCUUGGUUUAAUUUCCGCAUUUGUGUUGUUAGUCAGGAAAAAGUCAAGUCGUCGCGUGAGUUCGCUACAAUGACAACUUGGCUCGUUCCAAGCUAGCGCUAGAGUCGGUGGUGUUGUAGUGAAAGACCGACGUUGUAGUCAAGUGUGGUGGCGCGACCAGCCACUAAAUCUGCUCUAAAGGUGCCCAGAUAAAGUACUGCCAGCCGGACUGAGAGAUCUUUAACAGAACCCGUCCGCCAUGGAUCCGUUUGACAGCAACAGCACAGAGCGAGCAAGCCUGCCAAGGAACAUGAUUGAAAAUAGCAUGUUUGAAGAAGAGCCUGACAUUGUGGAUCUGGCCAAAGACUCCACAGCAUAUCCGACAUUUCCGGCACUUGACCCAGACGAGGUGGCGUAUGAGCCUCGCAGCUCUCGGCUGCUGGUGCGAGGCCUAGGGGAGAAUGAUGUGGAUGACGAUGAGGAGGACUGCGAGUCUUCAGCUCGACUACUAGGAAUGUCCUUUAUGAAUCGCAGCUCUGCCCAGAGAUCUCACUCCUCCCCUUACGUCAGACAGCUUCCACCCAGAUCGUGUUCGCUUCCUUCAGUCCGCACCACAGUUGUUUGUGUGUUAUUUCUGGUAAUAGUGGCCUCCAUGACUAUGGUAUUGUACUUUUUGCCUGGAUGCACCUUUACUAAGAUGGGUUGCCCAAAAUCAAACAACAAGACUUCUACUAACGGCACUGAUAGCGAACCCUUCCCCUGGGCAGAGUUUCGGCUCCCUCGCAGCAUAAGUCCCCUCAGCUAUGACCUCACUUUGAGCCCUGACUUCAACAACAUGGAUUUCACCGGCCACACUGUCAUCAACAUGUCUGUACUUCACAACACCAAACGCAUUGUCCUGCACAGUGAAAAUCUCAACAUUACCAAAGCGACCUUCAGGCUUGGUAAUGAGGACGCCAGUGAUGUUACUAUACUUGAGUACAAACCCAGACAGCAGAUAGCUGUUAAGUUCUCCAAAGAACUGAAAGCGGGCCAGAACUGUGUGUUGACUUUGGAUUACACUGCCGACCUGUCACACACCUACGAUGGUUUCUACAACAGUUCCUACACCGACCAAGAUGGAAACAAAAGGGUUCUAGCUGCUACCCAAUUUGAGCCACUUUAUGCUCGGAAGGCCUUCCCUUGCUUCGAUGAGCCAUCAUUCAAAGCCAUCUUUCAGGUUAAAAUCAACAGGAAACUAGAGUACAUGGCCCUCUCCAAUAUGCCGAAGGUGAAGACGACGUUGCUUGCCAAUGGCUUUAUGCAGGACGAAUUUGCAAAGACCACCGUCAAAAUGAGCACCUACUUGGUGGCUUUCAUCGUUGGUAACUUCACCCCCACCAGCAAGAACGUCUCUGACAUUUUAGUGUCCGUGUACAGUGUUCCAGAGAAGAAGGAGCACACUGAAUACGCUCUAGCCACAGCAUCCAAACUACUGGAGUUUUAUAAUGACUUCUUUGAGAUAAACUAUCCUCUUCAGAAACUAGACCUGGUAGGCAUUCCAGACUUUUUGGCAGGAGCCAUGGAAAACUGGGGUCUGAUCACUUUCAGAGAGACAACUCUGCUGGUGGGGACACAGUCCUCUCCCCUGGAAAAACAACUUGUGGCUUCAGUCAUCGCUCAUGAGCUGGCUCAUCAGUGGUUUGGAAACUUGGUCACAAUGAGCUGGUGGAGUGACCUUUGGCUCAACGAGGGCUUUGCCACUUACAUGCAGUACAUGUCCUUGCAGACAGUGCUGCCACAGUUGGACAUUGGCAACUUGUUCUUAGCAAUGAGGUUCCGUGCCAUGGACAAAGAUGCACUCAACUCCUCCCACGCCGUGUCCACUGAGGUCAACACACCAGAGCAGGUGCAAGAGAUGUUCGACUCAGUCUCCUAUGAGAAGGGAGCUUCCAUUCUUCUGAUGUUGAACGCCUCCUUGCCAAGUGAUCAGCAGUUCAGAAAAGGUAUCAUUCAGUAUCUGAAGCAGUUCAGUGGAUUAAACACAGACACUGAUGACCUCUGGAACAGUCUUACAGAGGUGAACCUCUCGAAUCAGCACCCCAACGUGUCAGAGAUGAUGAAGUCAUGGACAUCUCAGAAAGGCUUCCCAUUGGUGACUUUGUCCCGCAAGGGGGAUCAGGUGACCUUAACACAGGAGCAUUUCCUGCUCACAUCAGACAACGCCUUACACUCCUCCAGCAUGUGGACUGUUCCAGUGACGUAUGUGAAUGACAACUGUAGUUUGGCUCCAGACUGCAGACAGUUGUUCACUCUGAGUGCCAAGUCAGGGACUCUUAAGGUGCCAGAAAGUGUGAAGUGGCUAAAGCUAAACUACAGGAACACAGGCUUCUAUAUUGUUGACUAUGGACACGAUGGUUGGGGUGCUCUGAUAGACGCCAUGUCUAACAAUGCCAAAGUUCUCACACAAGAGGACCGCGCCUCGCUAAUACACAACAUAUUUUCUCUCUCCAAACUGGGACGUGUGUCCUUUCGCCAGGUCCUCAGCCUUCUGAACUACAUGUCCAAAGAAACUGAGACUACUCCUGUGAGAGAGGCCUUGCUGCAGCUCAACAACAUUUACCAUCAGCUCAACAAACGAUACGAACAAGGCCUUGUCACCCGCAUGAAGUCUUAUAUUCUGACUCUCUUUGGCGCGCUGACGGAGAAGCAAACAUGGACCAAGGAGGAUAGUGUGUCCACUCAGGAAUUGCGCUCAGCCCUCUUGGAGACAGCAUGCUAUCUGGAGGAAAAAAAAUGCACGCAGCAAGCCAAAGUCUUGUUUACGCAGUAUAUUGCCUCAAACGGAACGUUCCAGAUCCCAGGCGAUCUGCAGAGAGUUGUAUUCAGCGUGGCAGCUCAGUCCACUGACGACUGGGGGACUCUGCUUACCAUGUAUCAAUAUGCCACUUACGACUCGGAGAAGCAGAACAUGCUACAGGGAUUAGCAUCCACUCGGCACACACCCAGUAUUGUGUGGAUUCUCAGUGCAGGUUUGAAUGGCAACAUCAUUCCAACACAAGACCUUCCUUCAGUCAUCAGCACUGUCUGCAGAAGCUUUACUGGCAACUUGAUUGCUUGGGAUUUCAUUCAAGAGAACUGGAACCAGCUCAUAGAAAAGUUUCCAAUGGGUUCCUUUGCCAUCCAAAGAAUAAUCAAGGCUGCAACCUCUCAGUUGUCCACACAGUCGCAUUUUAAUCAGGUGCAGAGUUUCUUCUCCAGCCUGAGGGAACGCGGCUCUCAGUUGCGGAGCGUGCAGGAAGCGCUGGAAACCAUCCGACUGAACCAGCGCUGGAUGGAGAGAAACCUCCCUUCGCUUGAUAAAUGGCUGUAAAGCCGGCACUCCUUUCUUAACCUGGCCCUCUGGGUUACGUUUGUCAAGACACCUCCAAAGUUUGCACUAUUGUCUCCCAGCGCUGUUUCACCAGCUCCGAGUACAAUUCUGGACCGGGCGAUCCCCUCAUGUGUUGCCCCUGUGAGACGUUAACUGGCUCAGGACGGCUCUGAUUGUAUCUGACAGCGUGAUGUCAGACCCAAACACUCCUCUCACUUAAAGCUGUCGACCAAACCUUCUAUCAGACAAUCACACUAUCCACUUUACACACUCCAUCGGCUUUUUUCCCCAACAACUGCGUGAGCUGGUCAAGCUCUGCUUCUAAAAAAGAUGAAGAAUGACAAAUGUACAGUAUUUUUCUGCCCAUAAGGUCUGGACUGUCUCUCUGCUUUAGUACAGUGCAUCCAGAAAGUAUUCUCAGCGCUUCACUUUUUCCACAUUUUUUCCGCAUUUUGUUAAAGUAGCCAUAUGUAGUAAUGUGGCCAGAAAUUGUAUUGCAAUCACGGUCAAAAUUCUGUAGUCCCCUCCCACUCUCCAUGACUGAGGUUCCAAAUCCUACUCCAAGGAACUUCAAAUGGCAAUGGACGAGUCCUACUUUGUAGGUUUCUCUUCUUUAUGCUUCUUGCAAGAUGGUUUAGUAAGUAAAUAUGCCUCGUUUUACUGACGUCCAUCCAUCCAUUUUCUACCGCUUGUCCCUUUCGGGGGCGCGGGGAGGUGCUGGAGCCUAUCUCAGCUGCAUUUGGACAAGUCGCCACUUCAUCGCAGGGCCAACACAGAUAGACAGACAACAUUCGCACUCACAUUCACACACUAGGGCCAAUUUAGUGUUGCCAAUCAACCUAUCCACAGGUGCAUGUUUUUGGAGGUGGGAGGAAGCCGGAGUACCCGGAGGGAACCCGCGUCGAUUAGCCCAAUGUAUUUUUAAAGUUACGCAGCAAUAUUUUAGUCGGGACAGAUUGUUGGCAUUACCCUGCUCAAAUGUCUAGUUUGACCGCACGUACCACCAUCGAAAUAUAUUCUAUGAGCCAACCCACGUUAGGCAUAAAUCAUAUAGCCUACUACCAUGUCAAUACACAAAGUAGAAAAUCAUUACAUGUAAUGCAUUACCGUAUCUUUCGGACUAUCAGUCGCAGUUUUUUCAUAGUUUGGCCGGGGGUGCGACUUAUACUCAGGAUUGACUUAUGUGUGAAAUUAUGAACACAUUACCGUCAAAUAUCAAAUAAUAUUAUUUAGCUCAUUCACGUAAGAGACUAGACGUAUAAGAUUUCAUGGGAUUUAGCGAUUAGGAGUGACAGAUUGUUUGGUAAACGUAUAGCAUGUUCUAUAUGUUAUAGUUAUUUGGAUGACUCUUACCAUAAUAUGUUACGUUAACAUACCAGGCACGUUCUCAGUUGGUUAUUUAUGCCUCAUAUAACGUACACUUAUUCAGCCUGUUGUUCACUAUUCUUUAUUUAUUUUAAAUUGCCUUUCAAAUGUCUAUUCUUGGUGUUGGGUUUUAUCAACUAAAUUGCCCCCAAAAAAUGUGACUUAUACUCCAGUGUGACUUAUGUAUGUUUUUUUCCUUCUUUAUUAUGCAUUUUCGGCCGGUGCGACUUAUACUACGGUGCGACUUAUAUUCCGAAAAAUACGGUAGUUAUCAUGGACGAUUUUAAUAUUCACAUUCUGGGUGUGGCACUCCAGACUAUAAUCGACAGUUGUUCUUACUGAAAUAACACAUGAAGCCGUGCAUCGCAACGGUAAUACGAUAAACUUUGUCCCCGUCCGUGGUGUUAUUGCAUCUAACGUAUUGGUACUCCCGUACACCAAAGCAAUGUCCAAUCGCUACCUCAAAAAAUUGGAAUUCCUCACACAUUGUCAAUGUUCUGAAUAUAACCGAUGCUUUAGCAGCUGUAAUAUAAUAUUGCUGCGACAACAACGACUUUCUAUGGCCGACUGCUCUCAGUGAUGGCCCUUCCCCAAUUAUCUGGCUCAAUCCGUAACCUCACUGACGACUUUAAUGAUGCCUUGUGCCACACCAUUUGCGUUAAAACUAAAAAAGGCCCUUAAGACGCGUACCCCUUUGGUUCGCGGAAGAAAACAAAGCUUCUAAACAAUCAUGUAGACAGCUUUAGCGAUUAGGAGUGACAGAUUGUUUGGUAAACGUAUAGCAUGUUCUAUAUGUUAUAGUUAUUUGAAUGACUCUUAACAUAAUAUGUUACAUUAACAUACCAGGCACGUUCUCAGUUGGUUAUUUAUGCCUCAUAUAAUGUACACUUAUUCAGCCUGUUGUUCACUAUUCUUUAUUUAUUUUAAAUUGCCUUUCAAAUGUCUAUUCUUGGUGUUGGGUUUUAUCAAAUACAUUUCCCCAAAAAUGCAACUUAUACUCCAGUGCGACUUAUAUAUGUUUUUUUCCUUCUUUUUUAUGCAUUUUCGGCAGUUGCGACUUAUACUCCGAAAACUGCGGUAUAUGGUGCCAAGCAAAUACCACCCCACAUGUGCCUGAUGCACAUACAGUACCAGAAACCACAAAUAGCCGUGCUAAUGUUGGAACCCAUUUCCUCAGUAUAUCAGCACAUUGAGAACGAAAUAGGAACUGACACUACCCAUAGCCAUUGUCAUUAAUGAGUAGAAUUUUAAGGACAACAAUGAAUGUAUUCCAUUUUGGAAUAAGGCUGUAACAUAACAAAAUGUGGAAAAAGUGAGGCGAUGUGAAUACUUUCUGGAUGCACCGUAUAUUGACUCUGCUGUCAGGG